CUCGCUGUUUGUCUCCACCGGCAGCGUGCUGACAUCAGACGGCCGCCGUACGGCGUGCAAGACUCGCGUGCGUCCGUCUCCGUGGCACGACUCGCUCUUUCGUUCCAUCUUGUGGAGCGGCGAAAAGGGAGACGCGCUAGUGUUCACGAGAUCUCGCGAGAGCGGCCGCGUGGCUGGCUGGCUGGCUGUGAGGUUGCAGCAGACGGAGGGAGAAGGCAGGCAGGCAUCAUGGCGGACAGAGACAGUGGAAGUGAGCAGGGAGGAGCGGCUACGGGCCCGGCUCUGAGCUCCAUGCACGCGGUCGCAGGAGGGGCGGGCUCGGCUUCCGGCCUGCAGCACGACACACAGGAGCUAGCGUCCAAGCGCGUCGACAUUCAGAACAAGCGCUUUUACCUAGACGUAAAGCAGAACGCGAAAGGCCGCUUCCUAAAGAUCGCUGAAGUGGGGGCCGGUGGCAACAAGAGCCGCCUGACGCUCUCCAUGUCGGUGGCCGUCGAGUUCCGAGACUACCUCGGGGACUUCAUCGAGCACUACGCGCAGCUGGGCCCCAGCAACCCGGACGCGUUGCAGGACGAGCCGAGACGGGCGCUCAAGAGCGAGUUCCUGGUGCGCGAGAAUCGGAAGUAUUACAUGGAUCUGAAGGAGAACCAGCGCGGCCGCUUCCUGCGGAUCCGACAGACGGUCAACCGGGGGCCUGGCUUGGGCUCGGCGCAGGGCCAGACCAUCGCGCUGCCGGCGCAGGGGCUCAUCGAGUUCCGCGACGCGCUCGCCAAACUUAUCGACGACUACGGCGUGGAGGACGAGCCUGCCGAGCUGCCCGAAGGCACGUCGCUCACUGUGGACAACAAGCGCUUCUUCUUCGACGUGGGCUCCAACAAGUACGGCGUUUUCAUGCGCGUGAGCGAGGUGAAGCCCACGUACCGCAACUCGAUCACGGUGCCCUACAAAGUGUGGGCCAAGUUCGGCAGCACGUUCUGUAAAUACGCCGAGGAGAUGAAAAAGAUCCAAGACAAGCAGCGGGAGAGGAGGGCGUGCGAGCAGCAGCAACAGCCGGCAGAGAUGCACCCGGACGACGGGGAUGAGGAUUGAUAAUGAGCGGAGGAUUGGGAGGGAGGAUAACAUGCAAAAAAAAAAAAGUCUAUAUAAAUAUAUAUAUUAUAUAUAAUAUAUAUAUAUAAAAUACGAUCAAAACAAAGCAAAACGAUGCGUAAAACGAAAAAAGAAAACUUUUUAGUGUACAAAUGAAAGAAACGUAAAAGAUGUAACGGUUUUAACUCCAAGGGGCAGUAAGUAUCCACAAACAUACAACAAACCUCCACAAGAUGACAGGUUCAACUCGUACUCCAUCACUGGAUGUGAUCCACUUACCCACCAUUAAUACAGUAAGCGGCUGCUAAACAGAGUAAUAACAUUAUGUAUGAACUGUGUUUCCUACUUGACUACAGAUAAAAGAACUGAGUGUUUAUUUCCCUUAUUAACCGAGAACUUUUAUACACGUCGGAUAUUAUAAAAACAAACAGAAAAAAGGUGUUUGCAAUGUUCAAAUGGAAAUAUUGCAGAAAAAAAGUCCUUUACGUGUAAGCUAAUAACUUCAGCACAAAUCAGAUGGUUUUAUUUUAUGUUCUCCUUUUUUUUAGAAAAAGAAAAAAACAAAAACUCAAUUUUAAAAUGAUUAUUAUGAGGCUGUCAUGGUAACCAUGCCACUCCUAUGUUCAAAAGCAUCACCUGAAGGCUAAUCGGGACCGCAAAGGUGACAAAAUAUCAGUAAGUGUGGUCACAGGGUUUAUCUCUGGCAAAGGUCGCGAGUGCUCGCUGUACGACAGAAUGCACUCGGGUUAUUAGAAGAUCCGGUCGAACAGUCACCGGUCCUCGUCAUAGAGACCUAUACACAAGAGGCAGCCUAUAGAGUAUGAUCCCAGUGUAUUUUUCUCUGUGUCAUGCAGAUGAGUAUACUAUGUACUUGUGUCUUGUUGUCACAAAAAGUGUUUAGACAAGUUAUUAAAGGUACUAUAAACAACAAAGAGCAGUGACAGCAGAAAGAGUAAAAAAGAUGGCCCCUGGAUGAAGGUGCAACGAAACAUGAAAAUGUUAACAUAAAAAAAUAUAUCUAUAUAGAGAGAGAGAGAGAGAGAGAGCGAGAGUAUAAUUUUGUGAGUCAACUGUAUAUCAGUGCUUACAGAGAAGAUAAUACCCCACGUUUUUAGUGGGGGAGUUAAAUAACAAUCUCUAGAAGGAUUUAAAUAUUAUAUCAGUCUACCAAUGAGAGUACGAGUGGCGCCAAGGAAUGCUGUUGUUGCAUGUUAACCUCUACACAGCUACAUUGAGGUGGAUUUUCUCGAUGUGUGUCCUCAAGGACCUUCUCUUUAGUGAUUUCAUAGACAGUGUCCUGUCAGUGAUGUUUGGUCACUUAGUUGACGACUGAUUUCCGUUCUACCUGUAAAUACAGUAUUGAAUCCUUGACUGUUUGAUCAUACAUGAACGACAGGUCCGGUGCAAUGAAAUCUCACUCUGUCUCUCUCAGGGGUCCUUUAGGACCUGUGUUGGGGAGAGCCCUAGUCCGGACACACGAAGGUCUGCGGUGAAGCUCGAUACCGUUGUCUGCGUUAGCGUUUUGAGAAAUGCAGCUGGACAAACUCGGAAUGGAGUCUGGUUUAUCUACAGACCUCUCUGAAUCGGUGCGCUUAUUUAAAAGAGGCACGUCGGAAAACAAUAUAAAAUUAUUCGCUCCCCAAGGAAAUUACGCACCAUCGGCAUUUUGCAUUUCUAUUUAUCUGUCCCAGUGAUCUUUUAAUCGAAGGUUGAGUCUUAGGUCAUUUUGAGUGCCCAUUCUGCAUGUUGACAUACUUCCUUCUGAAACAGGAACAGGAAGUCAGUCAUACGAUACGCCACUCUGCUGCCUCGAAAGUUGAACAACAAUUGGUGGAGGGUGUUUAAUCGCUGCCGUCACCCACUCUAUUUUACUCUUAAAAAUAACUAAGAUGAUCUGACUUGUUUAUGAAGGUGUGCCCUACAUGUUUAAGCUAAGGUUGAGCUGUUGCAGGGCCUUGAUGAGCAGCAGGAUUGUAGCUAAA